CGGGCUCCCGUACGAGGUGAGCCCCGAGCAAGCCCUCUGCCACCCCGAGGUCCAGCGGCGCCUGGACAUCUCCGUCCGCACUCUCCUCACCGUGUCAGAGAAGUUCGUCUCUGCCAUCACCUCUUCUGUGGAUCAAAUCCCCUAUGGGAUGCGCUACGUGGCCAAAACCCUGCGGGCGUCCCUGGCUGAGAAGUUCCCCAAAGCCUCGGAGGAGGAGCUGGACAAGGUGGUGGGGAACCUCCUCUACUACCGCUUCAUGAACCCGGCGGUGGUGGCCCCCGACGGCUUUGACAUCGUGGACGUCUCAGCUGGGGCAGCCCUGCGCCCCGAGCAGCGCCGCAGCCUCGGCUCCAUCGCCAAAGUGCUGCAGCACGCGGCUGCACGGAAAGCCUUCGAGGGGGAGAACGCGCACCUGUGUGCAGCCAACCGCUACCUGGAGGAGACGCACGGCAAGUUCCGAAGGUUCAUCGCCGCUGCCUGCCGCGUCCCGGAGCCCGAGGAGAGGUUCAACAUGGAUGAGUACUCGGAGAUGGUGGCCGUGGCCAAACCCGUCGUCUACAUCACGGCGGGGGAACUCGUCGCCACGCACAGGCUCCUCCUCGAGCACAAGGACUCCAUCGCACCCGACCCCGGGGACCCUCUGCACGAGCUGCUGGAGGACCUGGGUGAGCUUCCCACUGUCCAGGCCCUGGUUGGAGAGAGUGCUCCCAGCCCAGGGGGGGGCACGGAGCCCGUGCUGUCGCAGCUCAGCAGCGUGGAGAUCUCCCUCACCCUCACCGGGAAGCCGCUGCCGGAGGUGGGCGGCGAGCAGAGCGAUGGCAGGAGCUUGCUGCUGAGCACCAAGCAGAUGCUGGUGGACGUCAUCCAGUGCCAGCCAGGAGGGUCCCUCACGGAGAUCCUGCGGACGCCGGCGUCGGAGCUGGAGGAAGCCUCCCACCACCACCUGAUGCGCUGGCGGGCGCUGUGGGACUCCCAGACCCCCCCCAGCCUGAAGCACCGCCGCUCGCUGGUGGCUGCCGGCCAGCUGAGCUUGGAGGAGAAGAAGCGGAGGAUCGUGCGGAACCUGCGGCGCCUGGAGGGCCUGGGGCUGGUGGCUGCAGCCCAGCACUACCAGGGGCUCGUCAACGAGCUGGCCAAGGACAUCCGCAACCAGCGGCGCUACCGGCAGCACCGCAGAGAGGAGCUGCUGAAGCUGCGGCAGACGCUGCGCGCCCUCGACGCCAAGACUUCGUUCUACGAGGAGCAGAUCGAUUAUUACAACCAGUACAUCAGGAGCUGCCUGGACGGCCUGAACCCGAUGGCGGCGCCGAGCGAGGCGUCGCGCCCCUGUGCCCGGCGAUGGCGGUGCUCCGUGCGCCCCUUCUCUUCCAGGCUCGGCGGGAAGAGCAAGAAGCUGCAGCCUCUGCGUUACAGCGCCGCGCGGCUCUGCGAGAUGGGGGUGCUGCUGGACAUCCAGGACCUGCCGGCCAGCCAGCUAAAGAAUGUCGUCUUCGACAUCGUCCCGUGCCAGGAGCCUGGCUGCUUCCAGGUGAAGGCCCAAUUCAUGGGCAUCGACAUGGAGCGCUUCCAGCUGCGCUACCAG